AUGUGCAAAACGUCCGCAUACUUCACCCGUUGCGAGACUUGCAAGCAGGACAUCGAUCACUGCCUCAAGGUUGAUCAAAAUUGCAAGAACAAGAACCGCGGCUUGCCCUACUGCAGCAUCAUUUACCCCGUCAACAUGAACAUCGAUUGGGCCACCAUCGACCAGGAGGCCAAGGAGAUGGCAGAGCAGCCUCCGCCCAAGACCGAGAGUGAUGAUACACUCAUCAUGAAGCAGCUCGUCGACGAUAUCGAUAACCGGGUGAACAUGGAGAAACAUGGCCGUGUCGAGAACUGGCUUGACGGACAUCCCAACGUUAAAGCUGGUGAAUGGUUUGACGAGGUUGAGGAGGACGUCAUCGAGGAGGAAACCGGAAGUGACCGUGGACGCGGACGUUCUCGUGGUCGCGCUCGUGGUCGCGGCCGACGUGGUAACUAA